AUGCAGGGAAGGAAAAAUAACUCUGGAUCAGAACAUAUUUGUAAUAUUAUGUGCAACGAAGAGAAAAAGAAUGCAACGAGCGAUCUGAAGAAAGAAAGAUUAAAUCUGCAUUCUGGUUUUGCUAUCCUUUUCGACAAUAUUGAUGGAAAUCUAAAUAGACGGCAUAUGACAAUGGAGAAUCAGAAUUUGGACUGUCGCUGGGUUAAUCAUAAGAUCGUUAGUAACAGAAUAUCAGGUAACAAACUAGAUAUGUCGCCAAGAAAUGUCCUGAACAUAUCGAAUAUCAAACUUCUUCCUACUGUUCAAGAUCAGAAGCGUCAGCGACAGAACUACAUUGUCUUAGUGGCAAGAAUGCUUGUAGAGCAUUUGGAAAGUUUUUCAGCAUUUAAGGAUGUACGUGUCAGUCAUAUUCCGCACAAAUAUUCAAAAGAAAUGUCUGGAAAAUCUGAAUCCGUAAGUACAAUAUAA